AAGUGACUUUGCAAUUUGUUAUAAUGGUGAUCAACUAUAGCCUGCGUAGCGGCUAGACCAACUACAACUGUAUGCCCCUCAUCAAGUGAAGCACUCUAUUUCUUACGAAUUGUUCGGGAAGCGAUUGAUAAAGGUUUGAUGUGCAAGAAGGAAUGGACUGAGUUUAAGUGUUCGCCAAUAAUACCUAGAUUCAUAUUAUGUAGCUUCAAUAUAUCGUAAUAGAAUGAAAAUACACAAUGGUGAGAAUUCCAAAAAGCCUUUUUGGAAGUGCAUUACAAACCAGAGUAUUCAUAGCAUCUUUAAAGCGAUGUUUUGCACGAAACGUUUUGAAGACGUCCGUGGAAUCGUCACCCCUGAUCCAAUGCAGAAUGGUGUCUGAUUCUUCCAAAAAAUACCCAGAGAAUGAGGAGCUUAAAACAUAUCCUCUAGAGCUGGACCCUCCCCCAUCAUAUAUUCAGUCCAGAAUUGAGAUGUUUGAUCGACUUAAGGCUGAAUACGAUGCCGAGAUUGCAGCGAAGGAGAAGACACCUAUUAAGAUCACAUUGCCUGAUGGUAAAGAGAUAGAGGGUCUGUCAUGGAAAACCACUCCCUAUGAGAUAGCUUGUUCCAUCAGUCAAGGUCUUGCAGAUAACACAGUAAUUGCCAAGGUAAAUGGUGAGGUGUGGGAUCUAGACCGCGUGUUGGAGGGAGACUGUAGUUUGCAGCUCUUAAAAUUUGAUGAUGAUGAAGGCCGUGCUGUGUUUUGGCAUUCAAGUGCACACGUUCUCGGUGAAGCAAUGGAGAGGCAUUAUGGUGGCUGUCUAUGUUACGGUCCUCCCAUCGAAGAGGGAUACUACUACGACAUGCAUCUUGAAGGAAGACAAGUCUCUUCAAAUGAUUUUUCGUCAUUGGACAAUCUCACUAAGAAAAUCACCAAAGAGAAACAGCCCUUUGAAAGACUUGAAAUGAAAAAAGAAGAUCUAUUAGAAAUGUUCAAGUAUAAUGAGUUCAAGUGCAGAAUAUUAAAUAACAAAGUGAAGACCCCAACAACCACUGUUUACAGAUGCGGGCCUCUUAUCGAUUUGUGUCGAGGUCCCCAUGUCAGGCACACAGGCAAAAUCAAAUCCAUUGCUGUUACGAAGAAUUCUGCCACUUAUUGGGAAGGUAAUUGUGAAGCAGAAUCUCUUCAGAGAAUUUAUGGUAUCUCUUUUCCCAAUGACAAGCAGAUGAAAGAGUGGAAGAAAUUCCAGGAGGAGGCAGCAAAGAGAGAUCACAGGAAGAUUGGCAGGGAUCAAGAGCUUUUCUUUUUCCAUGAGCUAAGUCCUGGAAGCUGUUUCUUCUUGCCCAAGGGUGCCGUCAUCUACAACACCCUCAUCAACUUUAUCAAGGAGCAAUACUGGAAACGUGGAUUCCAAGAAGUAGUCUCACCCAACAUCUACAGCACAAAACUAUGGGAAACUUCAGGCCACUGGCAGCAUUACUCUGAACACAUGUUUUCCUUUGAAGUUGAAAAGGAGAGCUAUGCCCUCAAGCCUAUGAACUGCCCUGGUCAUUGUUUAAUGUUUGAUCACCGCCCCCGGUCCUGGCGGGAGCUACCCCUGCGCAUGGCAGAUUUUGGUGUCCUCCACCGUAAUGAGCUCUCUGGUACACUAAGUGGCCUGACAAGGGUAAGGCGCUUUCAACAGGAUGACGCCCACAUCUUCUGCACUGCCGACCAGAUUGGACAGGAGAUCAUCAGCUGUCUGGACUUCCUGAAACAUGUGUACGGUGUUUUUGGGUUCACCUUCAAGCUCAACCUGUCCACACGCCCUGAAAAGUACUUGGGUAAGAUCGAGCUUUGGAACCAAGCAGAGAAAGAACUAGAAGCAGCCCUUAAUGGCUUUGGCCAGGCCUGGGUCCUGAACCCUGGAGAUGGCGCGUUCUAUGGCCCCAAGAUUGAUAUCCAGAUCCAAGAUGCCUUGCGCCGCUACCACCAGUGUGCUACAAUACAGCUGGACUUCCAGCUGCCAGAGAGAUUCAACCUGACCUACGUCACGGGUGAGGGAGACGAGAGGAAAAGACCGGUCAUUGUACAUCGUGCUAUCCUGGGCUCUGUGGAGCGAAUGAUCGCUAUUCUUACCGAGAGCUUUGGCGGCAAGUGGCCGUUCUGGCUGUCUCCGCGUCAAGCCAUUGUCAUACCUAUUGGACCAAAGUAUGACGAGUAUGCCCAGAAGGUCAUGAGUGACAUCCUUGCUGCUGGAUACCACGUGGACGCUGAUCUAGACCACGGCACCACUCUCAACAAGAAAGUUCGCAACGCACAGCUUGCACAGUACAACUUUAUCUUUGUGGUUGGCGAGAAGGAGGCGACCACGGGCACAGUAAACGUGCGCACUCGGGAUAACAAGGUUCACGGCGAGUUUAGCGUGGAAGCCGUGCUCAACAAGUUCGCGACGCUGACCUCUGAGCGCGUGCGCAAUAGCGAGGAAGAAUUCUAAAUUACUGGUCAGCGGUGUGGUUGUGGCAAAAGGCCUUAUCACUUCUUGCUUUUGCUGGGAAAGUAGUGCGAAGUUCUAGUUUGGUAAAAUAGGCUAAAAAUGUCAAAAACAAUUCUCGAAUGGUGGUAUUACCCUAUAGGAAAAAAAAACAUUUUUUACCACUAGUAAAAAAAUGUGCUACUCUGGUACUGCCAAAGCUAUCAAGAUUGUCAUUAAUAAAUAGCUGUAAUAUUUACUUUCAAAUAAAAAAAAACCCUCCCUCAAGGACAUUUUGACAUUUUACACAUGUUAGUGAAGUAUUUGUGUUGCUUUCGCCAUAUGUAGUUCUGCUUGAAUUAACGGCGCAGCAACCCAAGCGAGUGAAUAAUAACGAAAGCUAUUACCUUGAUUAAUUAUACAGUAGAACCCCGAUAACUCGAACUCUGUCGGGUCUUAUGGAUAACGUCAAUACAGUAGAACCCCGAUAACCCGAACAUUGACGGGUCUUAUAGGUAGUGGUUAUACAGUUAAACCCCGAUAAUUCGAACUCUUACGGAAGACAAAAAUCAGUUUGAAUUAACGGGGUCGAUUCAAAAAUUCUCUUGCCUGCUUAUAAUUUUAUUGAAAAUAAAAGAUAAUAAAAACAGUCACCACUA